GGGCUUUUGAAAAGCUCCUGACCGAAUGGCUUUAUCGGUUGUUACCAAUACCACCAAUACAAACCACAACAACAACAAUAACAACAACCCCCAUCAAUAUCAACCGAGUUUUUUCGAUUUACAAUCGCUGUUUGAUCCGUAUUCGUUGCAACAUCAUCAACACCAACAACAACAACAACACUCAAUGGAUUAUAAUAGCAGUAGCAACAACAACAACAACAGUGGCAACAGUAGCAGUAAUAAUAAUCACAAUCAUCACCCUAUAUUACAGCACACCCAACAACAUAUUAAUCGCAAUUUAAUGAGCGGAUUUCUUCAUCAACAUUUUGGCGCUGAAUAUGAACCGGUUAUAACAUUUGUGGAUUCACCACCAAAUUCUGAAGAAUCUUGGCCGGACGAUCAAUCGAAGGGCUCACCAGGACCACAAAUAAUUGACGUCCAAACUAUCUAUUCUCAAAGUGGUUCACGUAAAAGGCGAAUGGAUUGGGAUCCAUUGGAUUUGGGACAGAGUGAAAGCAAUGCUUCUCCACCAACUGUUGAAAUACCAAAUAAAUUAGCGGGACAUCCAUUGGCCGCCGAUGCUAAGGAUAAAGGCUAUAAGAGGGAGAAAUUGAGUAAUGGUCGCGGCAAUUGGGCCGAUGAUAUUGGAUUCGAUUUAAAUGCUGAAUUUAAUAGCAAUUCAUAUUUGAACAAUGAGACAUUUAUGUCGUUCUCUUCGGGUCUGCAGCCCGUACUUAAGCAAGAACCACAAUCUGAACAAUUGAAGAUUAAUAACAACAACAACAGCAGCAACAACAACAAUAAUCCGAAGAGUUCGUUGCACAUUCCAUCAAGUCCGAUUAACAGUGUAAAUAUACAACAAAAACAUGAUAAGCAAUCGGCAACGUCAAACAGUGGCAGCAACAACAAUGGACUCCUUGACACAACACCAACAUCCGCAACCAAUGCUGGUGCUGCUGGCGGUGCAGGGACCACAGCAGCGGCUUCUUCGGCCGCUACUGAAAAGCCCAAGACCAAUGGCAACCACAAUAUCGAUUUGAUUGAUAAUCAUUGUGGCUGUGGUUCACCGCAAGGAGGUAACGCCGCUCAACAGCAACAGCAGCAGCCGCAAGUUGUAGACCAGCAACAGCAGACAUCUGCAUCGUCAUCGACAGCCAUCAAGGGUAAUAAUGAACAAGGUCGUCAACUUCUAACUGUGGUUGAUGCCAGUAAAAUCGAACAAAAUCCCGUGGGUAAAUCGGCCACACCCAGCGGAACUACAACAGCAGCUGCUGCCAAUUCCGAUGAUUAUAAAUUCCAAUAUAUUUUGGCUGCAGCCACAUCCAUUGCCACGAAAAACAAUGAAGACACUCUCACCUAUUUAAAUCAGGGUCAAAGUUAUGAGAUCAAAUUGAAGAAGAUCGGUGAUCUAUCGAUGUAUCGUGAUAAAAUACUGAAGAGUGUUAUCAAAAUAUGCUUCCAUGAGCGUCGUCUACAAUAUAUGGAACGUGAACAAAUGCAACAAUGGCAGGCCUCACGUCCCGGCGAGCGUAUCAUCGAAGUUGACUUGCCACUCUCCUAUGGCCUGUGCCAUGUCUCCCAGCCAUUGAAUCCGAACUAUUUGAAUACGGUCGAGAUCUUUUGGGAUCCCAUGAAAGAGGUCGGCGUUUACAUCAAGGUCAACUGUAUAUCGACCGAGUUUACGCCAAAGAAACACGGUGGCGAAAAAGGCGUACCAUUUCGUUUACAAAUCGAGACAUAUAUCGAGAAUAGUAAUACAACAACAACAACAGCAGCAACUUUAACACCAACACCAUUCCACAAUAUCGGCAGCAACCAGAAUUUGCCAGGUUCGGGAACAAAAACACCACCAAUUGGUAGUGCUGGAAAUUUGACACCGAAUGGCCUGUUGUUGAAUGGCGGCAAACCGAUGCCAAUCCAUGCAGCAGCUUGUCAAGUUAAGGUUUUCAAAUUAAAAGGUGCCGAUCGCAAACACAAACAGGAUCGUGAAAAAAUCCAAAAACGUCCCCAGUCCGAACAGGAUAAAUUCCAGCCAAGUUACGAGUGUACCAUUAUGACGGAUAUACCAUUGGAUUUGAUUACAACACCAACAACCACCAGUGGCGCUGGUUGUUUCAGUCCCGAAUACAUGAAAAUUUGGCCAAAUUCGCCAGUUCACAUUCCAAAAUAUGAUGGCAUGUUACCCUAUGCUAGUGCUUCGCCCAAUGCCAGUGCUAGUCCCAUAGCCAUUAAUAGUGUCUCCUCGACGAAUUCGCCCAAUUUGAAAAUAAUGGACACAAAUAUGGUGGUGGCACCACCACCAUCGGUAAUGGCCACCGAUAUUGAUGAAUAUAAUUCCAUUACCAUAAUGCCAGAAUCUACACCAGUACAGGUUACCCAGUGGUUGACCUAUCAUCGUUUGACGGCAUAUUUGUCAACAUUUGCACAGUUCUCGGGAGCUGAUAUUAUGAGAAUGUCCAAAGAGGACUUAAUCCAAAUCUGCGGCUUGGCUGAUGGUAUACGCAUGUUCAACAUCUUGAGAGCAAAGGCUAUAACACCCCGUCUAACCCUCUACGUUAGCUUGGAUGGCGCUAAUUAUAAUGCCGUUUAUCUCAUAUCCAAUACCGCCAAGGAACUUGUACAAAAACUUUUCAAGUUACCUGGCUUCUAUGAGUGUGUGGCCAAAGGCUCUUCGUCCAACUCGAUGAAUGGUAAUGCUGGUUCGGGCAUGGAUACUAAUACCUCACCCUAUCAUAGCUGGGGUAUGCAUUCGAAAUAUUCCGGCAGCGGUUCUAGCAUUUAUAAUGAUGUCAAUACAAAAUCAUUGAUUUAUAUUAGCGGUCCAGCCGGUAUCCAUGUGGCCAUUACCGAUGAGGUAUUGGCCAAUGAAAUCAAAGAUGGUAGCCUUUACGGUUUGGAAGUACAAAAUGGAAAAGUUGUUAUGAAAUUAGUGAACAAAAAUGAAAAUUGAAAAAAAAACAG